AAAAUGCUGGUAUAAAGCUGAAAAUAUUUAGUCGAGAAAAAUAAGUGUAUUUUGUUAAGAAUUAUUCCAUUUAUUUGACAGUAAAGAGAAUAUCAAAUGACAUUGGAUUAACAGAAGAUACAUUCUCAGUGACUAAAGAAAUAUCUUGUACAGAAACAGAUUUAUAACACUGUUUCUCUAAAUCUGUGGAAGAAUUCCUAUGAAAUAUUUGCUCUCGCCUGAGAUUAUUUGCAAAAUUUUGAAACAUCACUCACUGGAAUAUCAAGAAGAAUAGUUUGUGCAUUGAUUACACUUGGAUAAAUUAACCUAAGUAUUGUUAGAGAAAGGUAACAGUGGAUGAAAUUACAGCAGUGGAAAUAUUUGUAAGAGUAAACUAUAAGAAGAGAAGCAAGUAAAAAUAUAUAUACAUUGAAAUUUGGGAAGAACAAUAAUGGAGAAGAAAGAGAAACUUAAAGAACUGAUUUCCCUUGAAGACAUUAUAAAAGACAGACACAAUUUGUCAUGUGACUGUGAUGUCCAUAAAAAUUCUCAUUCUCAAAAAAGUAAUCUAAUUGUUCAGAAACAAACUCAUAUGGGAGAGAAACAAUAUCACUGUGAUAUCUGUGGUAAAUCUUUCACCUGCAGUGCUGACAUAAGUAGACACAAAUGUAUUCAUAUAAGUGAAAAGCCAUAUUGCUGUGAUAUCUGUGGUAAAUCAUUCUCUCAAAAUAGUAACUUAACUGCACACAAAUAUAUUCAUACAGGUGUAAAGCCAUAUCGAUGUGAUAUCUGUGGUAAAUCUUUUACUUCCAGUGGUAACCUAACUAGACACAAACGAAUUCACACAGGAGAGAUGCCAUAUCAUUGUAAUAUCUGUGGUAAAGUCUUCUCUCGAAAUAGUCAUUUAAGUAAACACAAACGUAUUCAUACAGGAGAGAAGCCAUAUCAUUGUGAUAUCUGUGGUAAAGUGUUCUCUCAAAAUAGUCAUUUAAGUAGACACAAACGUAUUCAUACAGGAGAGAAGCCAAGUCGAUGUGAUAUCUGUGGUAAGUCAUUCUCUCAAAAUAAUAACUUAACAAAACACAAACGCACUCAUACGGGAGAGAAACAAUAUCACUGUGAUAUCUGUGCUAAAUCUUUUACUUCCAGUGGUAACCUAACCAAACACAAACGUAUUCAUACAGGAGAGAUGCCAUAUCAUUGUGAUAUCUGUGGUAAAGUUUUCUCUCAGAAUGGUAAUUUAAGUAAACACAAACGUGUUCAUACAGGACAGAAACCAUAUCACUGUGAUAUCUGUGGUAAAUCUUUAACUUCCAGUGGUAACCUAACUACACACAAACGUAUUCAUACAGGAGAGAUGCCUUAUCAUUGUGAUAUCUGUGGUAAAGUGUUCUUUCAAAGUAGUCACCUAACUACACACAAACGUACGCAUACGGGAGAGAAGCCAUAUCACUGUGGUAUCUGUGGUAAAUCAUUCUCUCAAAAUCGUUACUUAAAUAUACACAAAUGUGUUCAUACAGGAGAGAAGCCAUAUCACUGUGAUAUCUGUGGUGAGUCAUUCUUGCAAAGUUAUGACUUAACAAUACACAAACGUACACAUACAGGGGAGGAGCCAUAUCAUUGUGAUAUCUGUAGUAAAUAUUUUACUUCCAGUGGUAACCUAACUAGACACAAACGUAUUCAUACAGGAGAGAUGCCAUAUCAUUGUGAAAUCUGUGGUAAAUCAUUCUCUCAAAAUUAUGACUUAACAAAACACAAACGUAUUCAUACAGGAGAGAAGCCAUAUCACUGUGGUAUUUGUGGAAAAGUAUUCUCUCAAAAUAGAACUUUAAGUAUACACAAACGUGUUCAUACAGGAGAGAAGCCUUUUCAUUGUGGUAUCUGUGGUAAAUCAUUCUCUCAAAAUAGUUACUUAACUGCACACAAACGUAUUCACACAGGAGAGAAGCCAUAUCACUGUGAUAUCUGUGGUAAAGUUUUUUCUCAAAAUAGUCAUUUAAGUACACACAAACUUAUCCAUACAGGAGAGAAGCCAUAUCACUGUGAUAUAUGUGGUAAAUCUUUCACUUCCAGUGGUAGCCUAACCAAACACAAACGUAUUCAUACAGGAGAGCUGCCUUAUCAUUGUGAUAUAUGUGGUAAAGUGUUCUCUCAAAAUAGUCAUUUAAGUACACACAAACGUAUUCAUACAGGAGAGAAGCCAUAUCACUGAUAUCUGUGGUAAAGUGUUCUCUCAUAAUACUCAAUUAAGUAGACACAAACGUAUUCAUACAGGUGAGAAGCCAUAUCACUGUGAUAUCUGAUGUAAAUCAUUUUCUCAAGAUUCUGACAUAACUAGACACAAUUAUAUUCAUUCAGAAUAGAAGCUACAUCAGUGUGGUACAUAUGGGACAUCAUUCACUGUAAGUGAUGCUUUAACUGGAUACAAAAGUAAGAGUGCAGAUUUGUAUGUUUUCAACUUCUUUUUCUUUUUUCAUAUUCCUGUGUUUCAUGUAAUGGAGAUCCUGACUGAAAAUAAGUUAUUUCGAAAAAUUUCAUUUAGUCUUUAUUUAAUCUUUCAACCACUUUCAUGUGCUUUUCAGUUUCCAUGAUGUGGGGACCACUAUACUGAAACUCCUCUAGGAGAUCCUACACAUGGUUCUUGGCUGAAUAUCAUUUCCCCAAACAUUACUUGUGGCUUUUUCUUGCACAAGAAUACAGUAAAGUUGUCAAAUAUGUACAUCAACAAUGACCUCCAGUACAAAAGAGAAAAGAUCACAUUGGAAGGACAUGAGGCAUAAGUAUAGCUUUGUGUCCCCCACGUAACUCAUGCCUUAUAAUUUUCUGCACUCUUGGUAAGUUGCUGCCCAUUCACCCAGCGUAUUUGUUGAGGAGAGAAGCUAUUUCUGUGGAGAUUCUGUGAUAGGUUAUUGUCUGAAAAGUGUCACUUAUAUGCAGGGAUAUGGUUUACUGCUAAGAUUCCUGAAACAAAAAUAUAAACACCUAUCUAUAAUUGCAAAUGUAUUCACACACUAAGGGAGAUAUGAGAUAGUAUAACAACAACCUCCCAAAACUUAGUUUUAUUCCACUACAAAUAGACUUACAUUUUCGACACAGCUUACUACUGUGAUAUUUUUCAUUAAAAGUAAUUGGUUCCAAAUUUUGACUUUGUCUUGCAGGAAUAUUAAUUCCAAGUCUUUGUUCUCACCAAUAUUGUUAUAUUUUGGUGGAGACAUAAUUAAUAAAAUCUAUAAACACAC